AUGGACGGUGACGCUGCGGUCGAGCCCGCGCUCGACUCGUUCAGCCUGACUUUUCCCCUGCCCUACCGCGUCGCCUCCAUCAUCGUGCUUGCUGUCUGGGGAUGGGGCCUUAACCUGCACUUCCUCCACGUCCGGCGCAUCGACGUGCCCUCCCUGAUCCGCUACCCCGGGCGGACGAGCACGGCCCAGCUCCCCCACCAUGGCUCGACGUACCGGCUCGCCACAGUCCUCUCGAUCGCGACGGGCCUCUCCAUGGCCACCUUCUGGCUGUUCACGCGCCGCGACCCGCAGCGCGUCAUCGACUGGGACUGGCUGCCCAUGACCAACCUACUCGUGCUGGCGGUGCUUUUCGCCAUCCCGCUCCACAGCCUGUCCGUGUCGCACACGGGGCGGCGGCGGGCCCUGCAGACGCUCAAGCGCGUCAGCAUUGGCGGGCUGGCCGAGCCCAAGGACGGCAAGUUUGGCGACAUUCUGCUAGCCGACGUGCUGACGAGCUACGCCAAGGUGCUGGGCGACCUGUACGUGUGCCUGUGCAUGUUUCUGACGCGCAACGGCUCCGCCACAGCCCGCCCGGACCGCGGGUGCGGCGGCACCGUCGUCGUCCCGCUGCUCAUGGCCGUGCCCAGCGCCAUCCGCCUGCGCCAGUGCCUGAUCGAGUUCCUGCGCGUGCGCAGCGCCCCCUACAAGGAAAGCGUUGGCUGGGGCGGCCAGCACCUGGCUAACGCGGCAAAGUACUCGACCGCCUUCCCGGUGCUGGUGCUGGCUGCCCUCCUGCGCAACCGUGAAAACGCCGGCGCCGGCAUCUACCGCGCCUGGGUCGGGGCCUGCGUCGUCAACUCGCUGUACAGCUUCUACUGGGACGUGGCCAAGGACUGGGACUUGACGCUUUUCUCGAGCAACCGCCAGCGAAACUCGCCCGACCACCCCUUCGGCCUGCGCCGGCGGCUGCUGCUGCACAAGCCGGCCGUCUACUACGCCGUCAUUGUGCUGGACCUGGUGCUGCGGUGCGCGCCAUGGAUGAUCAAGCUGAGCCCGCGCUUCGACCACAUCACCGACUUCGAGAGCUCGCUUUUCGUCGUCGAGUUCCUCGAGGUCUUCCGCCGCUGGGUCUGGAUCUUCUUCCGCGUCGAGACCGAGUGGGUCAGGACCUCACCCUCCAGCCCGGACGUCGACGACAUCCUGUUAGGCGACUUUCUAGGGGGGAGCAGCAGCGGCGGCAGCAGCAAGUACGAGGACGACGAUGACUAG